AUGACGAUCCCAUCAACAUCAACACAACGAGUGAUCAUCAUCGGCGGAGGAAUAUCGGGUCUAGCCGCUGCAAGGGAGCUGUCAAAGGACCCCAACACCCAUGUAACCCUACUUGAAGCACGCAACCGUCUUGGAGGCCGCAUCGUCACCCACCGCAACCUCAUCUCCAAGGACCUUGAACUCUCUGGUCAGGUCCCCGCUGGAUCCUCGGACCUCGUAUAUGACUUUGGGGCAUCUUGGAUCCAUGGAGUCGACCCUGUCAACCCUCUUUAUGAAAUCGCCCAGACAGGACAGAUGGAGUACGUCCACACCGACAGCGACAUCAUGUUCAAGCAGCCAGGAUCCAUUCCCAUGCCUGGAGAAGAGAGCGAUCGCUUGUGGCAGGUCGUUUGGGAUAUCCUCGACAAGGCUCAGGAGUAUUCUGCGGAGAAUCGGGAUGAGAUCCCGGAGGACAAGUCGUUCAAGGAAUGGCUCACCGAAUAUCUGGAAAAGGAGGUGCAAAGUACGGAUCCGGAGGGCGAGAACUAUUUGGAGGAGGAGGUGAGGAAAUGGGUUCCUGGGCUGUCGAUGUAUUGGGCAGAUGAGAAUGCGAUCCCGGUCGAGAGGGUGUCUAUGAAGUGGAUGGAUGCCGAGGAUAUCUUUCCGGGAGACCACAGCCUGGUGAUCAAUGGGUUUGAUCGAGUCGUCAAGGUUGUCUCUGCAGGCUUGAAGAGCAAUGUCCGGGUUCUGUUGGAGCAUGUCGUCGAGAAGAUCGAGUACGACGAGACGGAGGUGAGAGUGUCGACAUCGCAGGGUCUCUUCACGGCCGACAAAGUCCUCUGCACCCUCCCUCUCGGAGUUCUCAAAGCCCAACACACCACUCUCUUCCACCCCCAACUCCCCACCCCGAAACAACUAGCAAUUGAACGUCUGGGCUUCGGAACCAUGUACAAGAUCCUCCUCUUCUUCCCAAAAUGCUUCUGGCCCCUCAACAAACAUUUCAUCAACUUCCUCCCUUCCGCCCUUACCGUUCCCUCCUCUGAUCUCGUCGCCCACUUUAGCUUAAACGAGAAGCAGGUUGAGGCCCUGACGGUGUACAUGCAAGACCUAGCCAACUACUCGUCUCUGAUGCCCCAGUACAAUAUCCCGAUCCUAGUUGGCUAUGCGACGAACCGGGCUGCAGAGUUAAUGGAGCGUCUGUCGGAUGAGGAGGCGAGGAUGGUGUAUGUGUGCCAGAUGGCUCAUUAUUUCCCCAUUCUCCUCCAGCAGGAUGAGAAAAACGAAGAGGGAGAGUUGGUAGGAAAGGCGCUGUGGCCUACGGUCUCACACAUGUCCCGAUGGAACCAAGACCCCUUUGCAAGGGGAUCGUAUACCAGCAUCCCUGUUCAUGCGUCCCAGAAGGAUCUGGAGGUCUUUGAUAUCCCUGUCGGUGCGCGGUCCUAUGGCCCGCUUAAUGGUGGGAACGAUUGUGAGGAUGAGAAUGGACGAGAUUUGAAGCAGAGAUUGGUAUCGGUGGAUGAUGCAGACUAUGGUCGCAUCUUUUUCGCGGGCGAACAUACUUCGCCGAGUCGCUUCGCGUCUGUCCAUGGUGCGCUCUUGACUGGUCAACGCGAGGCUGCCAAAAUCCUCGACCAGCGUCCUCUCCUUGGUUAG